UUCCGGGAGCGCCUCGGCAUGGAGUCGUCGCCGGCAGGGCCCGAAGAGAAGCGGGGAGGCCGCUUCCGCGCCAGUGCGCACCAGCACACUCGUUACAACCCUCUGCGGGACGACUGGGUGCUGGUGUCUGCCCACCGGAUGAAGCGGCCCUGGCAGGGGCAGGUGGAGAAGCCGCCUCCCGAGGAUGUACCCCGCUGGGACCCCAACAACCCUCUCUGCCCCGGGACCACCCGGGCCAACGGCGAGGUGAACCCCCAGUACGAGGGCACCUUUGUCUUCCCGAAUGACUUCCCUGCGCUGCAGCCUGAUGCCCCAGAGCCUGAUGACAGUGAUCAUCCAUUGUUUCGAGCAGCAGCAGCCCGGGGGGUGUGCAAGGUGAUGUGCUUCCACCCCUGGUCGGACCUGACGCUUCCUCUCAUGUCCGUGGCAGAGAUCCGGGCUGUCAUCAACACAUGGGCAGAGCUGGCCACGGAGCUUGGUGCCUCCUACCCCUGGGUGCAGAUCUUUGAGAACAAGGGAGCGAUGAUGGGCUGCUCCAACCCGCACCCCCACUGCCAGGUGUGGGCCAGCAGUUUUCUCCCGAAUGAGGCACGCCUGGAGGAUCGAACCCAGCGGCAGCAUCUGAGCCAGCAUGGUGUGCCCAUGCUGCUGGAGUACGCCGAGCAGGAGGCUCAUCGGAAGGAGCGGCUGGUGGUGGAGAAUGAGGACUGGCUAGUUGUGGUGCCGUACUGGGCCACCUGGCCCUACCAGACCCUGCUGCUGCCCCGCCGCCAUGUCUGCCGCCUCCAGGACCUCAGCGAGGGCGAGAGGGACAGUCUGGCCUCCAUUAUGAAGAGGCUGCUCAUCAAGUAUGACAAUCUCUUUGAAAUUUCUUUUCCCUACUCCAUGGGCUGGCAUGGAGCACCUAUGGGCCCCUACCUGGAGGAGGACUGCGGGCAUUGGCAGCUCCAUGCCCACUACUACCCCCCACUGCUCCGCUCUGCCACUGUCCGCAAGUUCAUGGUGGGCUAUGAGAUGCUGGCACAGGCACAGCGUGACCUCACCCCAGAGCAGGCAGCUGAGCGCCUGAGAAACCUCCCUGAGGUGCACUACAAGGAAAGGGCCAAGGAGAUGUGAUGGCUGUCUUCCGUCUCUGCAGUAUGUUGCUACCACCACUAAAGGGCUUACUCUCCUUACCAGUCCAGUCUUUCUGGUGGGAUUGGGAGUGCUGCUUGCCCCAUGGAGGGGCACAGCCCCCCUCACCAAUAAAACCUUUAAGCAAAGUGCCUCUGCCUGUGCCUUUGUGGAUCUCGGCCCUGGGUGCAAGCUUUGGGCUCUCUGGUGGGGACCUCCAUCUGCUCGGGAGGGAUAACAGUGUGGGCAGCAGGGAAUGUGCCAUCAGCCCCCUGCUGCUUUCUGCUGUUCCUGUCUCUGCAUUGCCCUCUCUUCCUCCCUGGAGGGAGCUCUGGGCUUGCUCUGAGUGCUGCAGGCUUGCAGAGGAGUGGGCAGCAGUGAGAGAUUGAUGCCGCCCAAAGCUUAGCCAGCAGCUUGUGGAGGGCUGAAGGUGGGCAAACUU